UAUUUAUUCCACCCCCCUCGCCCCCCCCGCAUCGUGCCUUUUUCCCAUUUCUCUCUCUUCUCCAGAACGCGUCUAUCUGCAACCCACGCACGUCAUCUUCAGUAUCUCAACAACGCGCCUCUUUUUAUCAAAUCUUUACACACUCCCAUCAACAACAUGACUGGACGCGGCAAGGGCGGCAAGGGCCUCGGCAAGGGUGGUGCCAAGCGUCACCGAAAGAUUUUGCGAGACAACAUCCAGGGUAUCACCAAGCCCGCUAUCCGACGUCUCGCUCGUCGUGGUGGUGUCAAGCGUAUUUCUGCCAUGAUCUACGAAGAGACCCGUGGUGUCCUCAAGACCUUCCUCGAGGGUGUCAUCCGUGACGCCGUCACCUACACCGAGCACGCCAAGCGCAAGACCGUCACCUCCCUCGACGUCGUCUACGCCCUCAAGCGACAGGGCCGCACCCUCUACGGUUUCGGUGGUUAA